GCAGUAACAAUGCACUGCAUUUUCCGGUAAUUCUGCGAAGAAGACGAACGCGGAAGCAAUCGAAUUUAGUGACUGUAAUCCUCGCUUCAUCUUUUUUCUUAUCUGAAAUGUGUGCUGGUUGUGUGCAUAAAGAAUAUCCAGACAGGGGUAAUACCUGUUUGGAAAAUGGUUCAUAUCUCAUGAACUUUCUUGGCUGUGCCAACUGUCACCAGAGAGACUUUGUGUUGAUCAGUGACAAGACUGCGGUGAAUGAGGAUGAGGAGGAGAUUGUUACCUAUUUGCAUAUGUGCAAGAACUGUGACCAUGUCAUAGCCAGACAUGAAUACACCUUCACUGUGGUGGAUGACUAUCAGGAAUACACAAUGUUGUGUAUGUUGUGUGGAAAAGCAGAGGACUCCAUCAGCGUGCUGCCAGAUGAUCCUAGGCAAACAGCACCUCUGUUUUAAAUUAUUUGCACUGAAGCCAAGACAGGGAAUUGCAUUCAUACAGAGCAUCUGAUGCAUGUUUUAAGGGAGCCGUAAUACAUGCAUUUUCAUACGCUUCGCACUGGAGAACAGCAUACAUGUUGUUAUGUAUAACUCCAGGAGAAUAUAUUGCAGAAUGCAUUGUGCUCUUUAUUUCUACUUGGUCCUAGUGGCAUCUAGGUACACAGUGCUCAUAAAGGAACUUGAGCUUGACGGGUCAUUCCUUAAUUUUAAACUAUUAAUAUUAAACCAUUGUUCCUCAAGCUUCUGUUCAUCCCAUGAUCAUCCAUUGUUUUCCAUGAGUAGCUCUUUUUAACCUGAUUGGUAGAAACUGUAUAGCAGAUUAGGUUAACAUGGAUUAUCAGUUUCUUAGAAAGCAGAUUUACAUCCUUAUCUCACUGUGGUAAGGCAAAUUGGAUAAACACGAUAUAUUUGAAUUAAAUACACGUUAAUGAUGCAACCAAGGAUAACAUAUUUACUAAUUUUUAAGGGAAUCUACAUGAAAUGUACUUUGUAAAUUGUCAUGCUUUAUUUCUAGUGUUAAUGCAACAAUAAAAUAAUUUUGUAUGCUUUGUCUAAAUAAACUAAAUUUGUUGUA